GGAAUACAGAUAGGAAAAUGUUUAUUUGGGCGUCAGAUUAAUCGAGAAUCCAAGCAAACGUUUGGUGGGCAGUCACUUGGAUAUUUUAUUUUUAUCAUACAAGUGGCUGAACGCGACCUUCUGAUCUAAAUACAGCGCUGACGCCUUUGAGUCGUUUAUCGAAAAAAGUCAGAUCUGAGCUGAUCCUGCUUUGUCCAGAUCACAGCUGGCUUGUGGAGGAUGCCCAAAGAACCAAAUAAAUCAUCGGAUGAGGAGGGAAAGAAGGUCGACGAUCUAGCGUCAGAAGAUUCCACAGGUCAGACAGAUGGAUCAGAACAGCUUGUGCGUAAAAGAAUUAGAACAAACACGCCGAGUCCUCACCGACAGACUCCUCCGUCCAGCCCUUCCAAGUUUGUGACCGUGGAGGAGCUGAUGGAGACUGCUAAAGGCGUGACUAACAUGGUGUUGGCUCAUGAGAUCACAGUGAACGGUGGCUUCCAAAUCAAACCCACCGAGCCUGCUGAGGGAAGUUUAGAGAAACAUGUUAAGGAAAUUGUGCACAAAGCAUUCUGGGAUUGUCUUGAAGCCCAGCUGAACGACGACCCGCCUGUCUAUGAACAUGCCAUCAAACUGGUCGGGGAAAUUAAAGAGACGCUGCUGUCCUUCCUGAUGCCGUCCCAGACACGUUUGAAAGGACAGAUAGAGGAGGCGCUGGACCUGUCGCUCAUCCAGCAGCAGGCAGAGAACGGAGCACUGGACAUCGGCAAGGUGGCUCAGUUCAUCAUCGACACCAUGGGCGCCUUCUGCGCGCCAUGUAGGGACAAAGAAGUCCGCAAACUGAGGGACAUCACGGACAUCGUGCUUCUUUUUAGGUCUAUUUUUGCAGUGCUGGACAAAAUGAAGGUUGACAUGGCCAACUUUGCUGUCAGUAGCCUUCGGCCGCACCUGCUGCAGCACUCGGUGGAGUACGAGAGGAACAAGUUUCAGGGGUUUCUCAACACACAGCCUAAUGCUCUGAACUUCACUCAGAAAUGGCUGCAGGAAUCGGCAGACUCUGUGCUCAGAGGUGCUGAAGGGGGCGGUGCAGGCUCGCCUGGCUCCUCCUCGCAGCUGCUGCUGAAUGUGCACAACCACGCCUAUUUACGACUGCUGCACUGGGAGCACGGCAUGGACGAUUUCCCAGAGACGGUUUUGAUGGACCGUGGCAGGUUUCUGGAGAUGCAGUUGGAGCUUGAGCGCUUGGUGUUGAUGGCGUCUGUGCUCCUGAUCGUGUAUAACAGUGCGGGAGAGGCGAUCUCAGGAUUGCCGGGCCUCAUGGACACGCUGAAGAACACAGUCAGGAUCCUGCUGGUCGAUAUGCACACUCCGUCUUUCAAAGCAGACGAGACGUUCACUGCCAUCGGGGAGAAGCUUUGUUUGGAGCUGGGGGAAUGUCUGACUCAGCACGGCUUCUCACCUUUUCACCCAGACAGACAGAACACUCUGAAAGGCCAAAUCGCCGCCGUCAAGUCUCAAGAUAACCCUAUCCGUAAACUCGUCGAUUCUCGGAUCCAGGCCUACCUCCUGGGUUUCUUGGAGCCAGGUCCUCACAGGAGCCCGCCGGCCGUUCCCGGAGGUCUGGUUCCAAUCGGCAAAGAGCUGGAGGAUAUCGGGAUCAAACUGAGCCACCUCGUCAACUUCAACAAGCUAGUCUACUCUCCGUUCUAUCAGAAAAUCCUACAGGACGUCGUUCAGGCCGAGGGAAGCGCAGCCACUUGGACAGCAUCGAACAAAACUGACGACUAGCAUGAACCAGGCAGCUUAACGUAGGGUCCUAGGAACAACUGGGUUAAUGGCUUUGCUAAAUAUCUCCCCAAAGCUCACCUGCUGUCAAUGCUAGCAAAGGAUUUAUAUCGCUGAUUAAACAUUUAGAGCCUCCUAUCCUACUUUUAUAUGAUCAGGGAUCAGUCAACUGAGCUUAAAGAAUUGUGCGUUUUUUGUUUUUUUUUUCCUUCUUUUUUCUCCCCCCAUUCAUGCUUUUGUUCUGUGCCUGUUGAAGGUGUUGUGGGUGGGUAGGGUUUUUAAUGUUUCAGUGGCAUUAGGAGAUCAUAAUAAAUAGGUUUCUGUUGUAAUAUAGUGCAUUCCAACAGACAUGUGAAUUUGUUCCUUCGAUAUAGGAAGGCAAACGUGAUGCACGGUUAAAGUCGUGAAAACCCUGUUACUAAGCAACCGGGAAACACGGUUGCCGAAUAUAAGCUAGCUAUUGACUGAGGAUAACGGCUUACCGAGCUAGGAUAUAGCCGAUAAGUACAGUCUGAAAACAUAGCAACAGCAGCGACAAGAUAAAUAUCAUCAAGAAUCUUGGCAUUACAAUUACGCAUCAGCCGCAAAACCAAACCAUGAAUUCGGCCAUGUUGAGAAACCUCAACCUUGAAAUUCUGAGCUAGGGGUUGUUUUUGACUUUGUAAUGAAUGGGCUUUGGAAAUCUGCUAAAAUACACUUAAUACACGACCCUGUUAGAACACAGCGUAGCUAUUGUGGCUUUUCAGAAGGAACAUGUGUUUAAAAUAGCUGCUGAGCUGACAUGUGGGCAUGAAUUAUUAUAUGGAGGCCAUGAAAUAUGUUGGGGGCUUGAGUUAAGUUUUUCAAGAUCUAUUAAAUGGCAACUAAGUAUUUAAAUAUCUUAAAAUGAGUGAGACAGAGAAAUCAAUUCAAUUAGACCAUUGUGGUUACAGGAACCUAUGAAUGUACAGUACUGUGCAAAAGUUUUAGGCACCCUAUUUUUUUUUUUCUUCUUUAUGACUUCUAAACUGAGUCAGUACAAAAAACAUUUUAGAUUCCCAAACAUUAGUUUUCUAGCACAAAAUGAAAUGUUACAGAAAAAUGUUUGCAUGUCAGUAAAGAAAGCAGCAUAUUAUGUAAGAGACGCUUCUCAGACAAAAAAAAACAAUGAAGGCUGUUGGGUUUUGCUGCAAAAAUAAAAAGCAAAUGUGACAGUCACAGUCUCCAGAAGAACAGUGGCUGGUUCUGCAAGAUGUUCAAUAAAACUUAGAGCUCAUUUCCUUAUACAUCUGCACAAAUUGUACCUUUGUUUCAUUUAUUACUGCUUUAUAGAAUAUUUUUUAAAUGUAGAAAUAUUUAAUUUAAUUAUUUUUUAAGGCAUCUUUUCUCUACAGCAUUUCUUAGUAUGUGCCUAAGACGUUUGCACAGCAAUGUAGAUGAUUGAUGGAUUAUAUUAAACUUGCGCAAAUUUUAAAUUUUGCGCAAAAGUUUUCGCUUGUUCCUGACAAAUGGUUAAGUUAGUGAGGCCAUGUAUUAAGUGUAAGCUUAAUAAUAUACAGUAUCUCUCAAAAGUGAGUACACCCCUCACAUUUUUGUAAAUAUUUGAAUAGAUCUUUUAAUGUGACAACACUGAAGAAAUGACACUUUGCUACAAUGUAAAGUAGUGAGUGUACAACUUGUAUAACAGUGACUACAUUUACAUGGACAGCAGUAAUCUAAUUAUUGACCUUACUCUGAUUAAGAUAAUAAUGUGAUUAAGGUGUUUACAUGAGUCGCUUUUAGAAUACUCCUUUCAUGUUCCCGUUUUACAUGCUCUAGAACAUAAUUAGAUUAACAGCCCAUGUCAUUACGUCACCGCGCCACGCCGUCCGACGUCCCUCCAGAAUUUCACAUAUCAACAUACAGUUCUUCUUCGUUAUGGUACCAUAUACAGUUUUCCCCACUACAGGCCUAUAGUAGGCAAGUGUGCGGUUUGGGACACAGCCGAACUCACUGUAAAAUGUUGAGAACUGCUGUGUGUGAUCGUGUCCUGUCGCAAAAUGCGGUGAAAACUCUCACACGACGUUCAUAAUGUGAUUAAGGUGUGUACAUGUCUGUAAUACAUGUCCAUAAUGCGACUAAAAUGGGAAUACUCCACCUGUCUUAAUUCGAUUAGAGCUUAAUGCGAGUAUGACCUUAAUUAGAUUAAGGUAAGUAAAAUUGCUGUUUACAUGGUAGUUUCUUAAUCAAAGUAUGGUCUUAAUCGGGUUAAGAGUGGAUUAUUAUUGUUGUCCAUGUAAACGCAGCUAGUGUAAAUUUGCUGUCCCCUCAAAAUAACUCAGCACACAGCCAUUAAUAUCUAAACUGCUCGCAACAAAAGUGAGUUCACCCCUAAGUGAAAAUAUCCAAAUUGGGCCCAAUUAGCCAUUUUCCCUCCCUGGUGUCAUGUGACUUGUUAGUGUUACAAGGUCUCAGGUGUGAAUGGGGAGCAGGUGUGUUAAAUUUGGUGUCAUCGCUCUCACACUCCCUCAUACUGGUCACUGGAAGUUCAACAUGGCACCUCGUGGCAAAGAACUCUCUGAGGAUCUGAAAAAAGGAAUUGUUGCUCUACAUAAAGAUGGCCUAGGCUAUAAGAAGAUUGCCAAGACCCUGACACUGAGCUCCAGCACGGUGGCCAAGACCAUACAGCGGUUUAACAGCACAGGUUCCACUCAGAACCAAGAGAAGUUGAGUGCACGUGUUCAGCGUCAUAUCCAGAGGUAGUCUUUGGGAAAUAGACGUAUGAGUGCUGCCAGCAUUGCUGCAGAGGUUGAAGGGGUGGGGGGUCAGCCUGUCAGUUCUCAGACCAUACGCCACACACUGCAUAAAAUUGGUCUGCAUGGCUGUCGUCCCAGAAGGAAGCCUCUUCUAAAGAUGAUGCACAAGAAAGCCCGCAAACAGUUUGCUGAAGACGAGCAGACUAAGGACAUGGAUUACUGGAACCAUGUCCUGUGGUCUGAUGAGACCAAGAUAAACUUAUUUGGUUCAGAUGGUGUCAAGCGUGUGUGGUGGCAACCAGGUGAGGAUUACAAAGACAAGUGUGUCUUGCCUACAGUCAAGCAUGGUGGUGUGAGUGUCAUGGUCUGGGGCUGCAUGAGUGCUGCCGGCACUGGGGAGCUACAGUUCAUAGCUCCAUGAAUGCCAACAUGUAUUGUGACAUACUGAAGCAGAGCAUGAUCCCCUCCCUUCAGAGACUGGGCCUCAGGGCAGUAUUCCAGCAUGAUAACGACCACAAACACACGUCCAAGACAACCACUGCUUUGAUAAAGAAGCUGAGGGUGAAGGUGAUGAACUGGCCAAGCAUGUCUACAGACCUGAAUCCUAUUGAGCAUCUGUGGGGCAUCCUCAAACGGAAGGUGGAGGAGCACAAGGUCUCUAACAUCCACCAGCUCUGUGAUGUCGUCAUGGACGAGUGGAAGAGGACUCCAGUGGCAACCUGUGAAGCUCUGGUGAACUCCAUGCCCAAGAGGGUUAAGGCAGUGCUGGAAAAUAAUGGUGGCCACACAAAAUAUUGACACUUUGGCCCAAUUUGGACAUUUUCACUUAGGGGUGUACUCACUUUUGCUGUCAGCAGUUUAGACAUUAAUGGCUGUGUGUUGAGUUAUUUUAAGGGAACCGCAAAUUUACACUGUUACACAAGCUGUACACUCUCUUUACUUUACUUUAAAUUGUAGCAAAGUGUAAUUUCUUCAGUGUUGUCACAUGAAAAGAUAUAAUCAAAUAUUUACAAAAAUGUGAGGGGUGUACUCACUUUUGUGAGAUACUGUAUAGUCAUGGGCUCAAGUUGCACAAUUCUUGACUAUGAUUUUGGUGUCCCAUGACCUCUGUAAUAAAUUGUGGCCUCAAGAUAUUAUCUUUAUUAAAAAAAUAAUAAUAACCACCACGUCAUCUCAGCAGCUCUAUAAAAUUCCCGUAUAUGCUGUUUUACUGAGCCCCUCCCGCCACACCUUUGACGAUGAAAUACUGUAAAUAUGAUUCUUCAUAAUGUCCCUGUGCAACAGUUCAUAUGUUACAUUAUAAAGUUACAGUAUUUGAUUCUUAAUCAAACUCACCCACAUGAGAUCCUGGUGUGUUUAUAGAGAAAGCUGCUGUUUUUUAAAAAAAAUAACUUUGAGUGCAUGCUGGUGUGGAGGUGUACAGAAUCUGAUUGGUGCCUUACACAGUGGAGGGCCGGCCUCGGUUAAAUGUGCGCUGCUCUCUUCCCCCAUAUAGCUUUGUUCUGGUUGUAAUUGUCUCACGUUUUCGGAAAAAGGAGACCCUGUGUAAUCUUUUUAAACAACUUUUUUUUUUCUAGACUUUUACGCAUGUUUUGCAAAGAGAUCAUUUUCACAUUGCUGUUUGGGUCUCUGUCCCACACUGUUACAAUGCAGUAUUGAGAGAGUGCGAGGGAGAAUGAUUUUCUAUCAGCAACAUUAACUAUAUGAAAUGGACGUCAACACACAUCUCUCUGUGAUGUAAAUUCUCUGUCUCAACAGAGUAGUUGUGAUUAUUCAGUAUUUAUGACCGGGCCAAAACAUUAAAGGUGAUGGUGUAUUUUGACUGUUCCUGUAGCAUAAUCUUACCAAACUGUGUGCACAUGAGACAACAGACACUGAGUCUAUUCACAGUUACAUGCUGUAUAGAUGUUCUUCUCAUCCUCACUGUGUACCGUAAAGGUUGUUUUGUUAAGUGUCAGAAAUUCACAUCUUUAACCUUGUAGCUUUCCUUAAUAAACAGGACUGCAACCAA